AUGUCUAAUCUCCAAAGUGAGCAGCUUCUGCAAAUGGAAACAACAUGUGGAUCACUUUUAUAUGAACUUCAGAUAAUUUGGAACGAAGUUGGGGAGUCUGACAAAGACAGGGAUACGAUGUUGCUUGAGCUUGAGCAGGAGUGUCUAGAAGUAUACAGAAGAAAGGUAGAUCAGGCAAAUCGGUGUAGGGCACAGCUAAGGCAAGCAAUUGCUGAUUCUGAAGCAGAACUAGCAGCAAUCUGUUCUGCAAUGGGGGAGCGACCAGUACAUAUUAGACAGUCUGAUCAAAAUGCUGGAAGCUUGAAGGAAGAGCUCAGCAAAAUAGUUCCACAGCUGGAGGAGAUGAAGAAAAGAAAAUUGGACAGAAAAAAUAAAUUUCUGGAAGUUCUAGAGGAGAUACAAAUUAUUUCAAGUGAGAUUAAUGGGAGCACAGAGUAUAGUUCUUCUAAGACGGUUGUUGAUGAAACUGAUUUGUCAUUAAGAAGGCUUGAAGAAUUGCACAGACAGCUGCAUGCACUCCAAACUGAGAAGAGUGAUCGGCUGAAGCAGAUACAGGACCACCUGUGUACAUUGAACUCACUUUGCUUAGUUCUGGGUAUGGAUUUCAAGCAGUCAAGUAGUGAGGUUCAUCCCAGUUUAGAUGAUUCAGAAGGAUGCAAGAAUAUAAGUAAUGAUACAAUUGAGCGGCUGGCUGCUGCAAUACAAAAAUUACGGGAGGUUAAACUACAGAGAAUGCAGAGGCUUCAAGAUCUUGCAUCUACCAUGUUAGAGCUAUGGAACUUGAUGGAUACACCAAUUGAGGAGCAACAGAUGUUUCAGAAUAUAACCUGUAAUAUUGCUGCUUCAGAACAUGAGAUAACUGAACCGAAUACACUCUCUGUGGACUUCAUCAAUUACGUUGAGGCAGAAGUAUCUCGGUUGGAAGAGUUGAAAUCAAGUAAAAUGAAAGAGCUUGUUCUUAAGAAGAGGUCUGAGCUAGAGGAAAUCUGUAGAAAGACACAUAUGGUCCUAGAAGCAGAUAGCGCAAUUGAUUACGUCAUUGAAGCUAUAGAUUCAGGAGAUGUGGACCCUGCUUGUGUCCUUGAUCAAAUUGAGCUUCAGGUUGCAAAGGUUAAGGAGGAAGCUUUUAGCCGGAAAGAAAUACUUGAAAAAGUUGACAAAUGGUUGUUUGCAUGUGAUGAGGAGUGCUGGCUCGAGGAGUAUAACAGGGACGAAAACCGAUACAAUGCUGGAAGAGGAGCUCAUCUUACUCUUAAACGUGCUGAGAAAGCACGUGCUCUGGUUAAUAAACUUCCAGCAAUGGUGGAUGCAUUGGCUUCAAAAACCAUAGCAUGGGAGAAGGAGAGAGGCAUUGAUUUCACAUACGAUGGUAUCCGUCUUCUUUCCAUGCUUGAAGAGUAUACUAUUUUACGCGAGGAGAAGGAGCAAGAACGCCGAAGGCAGCGGGACCAGAAAAAAAUUCAGGGUCAGCUCAUAGCUGAACAAGAGGCACUUUAUGGGUCAAAACCAAGUCCUUCCAAACCUCAGAGUGUAAAGAAAGCUCCCAGAAUGUCAACUGGAGGUGCAAGCAAUAGAAGACUUUCUAUGCAAGCUCCGAAACCUGAUCCACUUCACUCGAUCAAAGCUACUCCUCAUUCACGUCCAACCCCAAGGAAGGCUGACCGAAUCCACCAGAAUGAGCAAUUAAGUAAUUAUCUGGAUGAUGGCUUUUCAGCUUUGUCCUCAGGCAGGAGAGGCUUGGAUGUUGCUGGUCUUCCUGUUAAAAAGCACUCUUUUGGUGCCACAAAUGCUUCUGAAGUAGAGACACCCACAAUGCGGAAACCCUUCUCACCCAUUUCUAUUCCAACUGAAAAUGGUGCAAUGACUACUCCUUUGAAGUCUACCAAUCUUGCAGAUGAAGAGAAUAAGACUCCCAAGGUGAUGCCAAUUUUUGUGCCAACGACGCCAUCAACGGUGUCAGUACCAAUGCAGACAGCUAUGACCCCGGCUCAUCCACCAAUUCCUUUUGCUGCCAAUGUAGUCGAAGAAAUCACUGAAGAGAUUGAAUACUCUUUUGAGGAAAGAAGAGCUGGUUUUGUGCUCCCAAAAGCACAUAUCAAGUCCAUGAUACAAGUUUGA